AUGUCGUUUAAUGAAACAGCCUCGAAUAAUGUAACAAUUCCAAAAACGAUCCCUAAAUGCAUGCCACUACCACGCCGAAAUAGUACAAUAACUGCAAACAGAAAAUCCAUGCCAAUCUCGAAGUUUGAAAUUGGAUCAAGAAUGUCUUGCUCAGAUUGUGAAAAUAUAUUCGAUCCAAACUAUAAUCCUAAAACAGAGGAGUAUAUUAAUCAAUCGAAACUCGUUGAUUGUAAACUUCCAUCUGAGCCAGGUAAGACGGUCGAAUAUUUUUCAUGCCAACGCACAUCAAAGUUCACAAUGCGUGGUCGUGAAUAUACUUUCACGUUUUAUGUUAAUGGGCAACCCCAGUUUUUGGCGACAUGCGUUGGACGAUAUCCGUCAAAGCCUAUUGAAAUUAAAUAUCAUGACUCAUACAGCAAGAUAGACACAACACUACACUCAUUGAUGCCAUCUCAACAAAAUACUCACUUUAUUUUGAAUAUCAGAAAUUCUGAAAUUCCGAUCAUGGUUAUGGAUGUUACACCUGAAUGUUCUCUUAGUAAAACGCCCAGAAAGACUCAAGUAGGAAUCUUUGAUGAAGAUGGAAAAUUAAAAUUGGAAAUGUUUUCUCGUUUGCCAAUUCUUCGUGACGGAAAGUGGUCUCUUGAUUUCAACAAUAGAAGUGUGAUUCCGAGUGACAAAAACACUAUCUUUCAGAGUAUUGAUCUCCAAAGGCAUUCACAUGAAAUGAUUGCUAUUAGGAAGGUUAAUCCAACAACUCUUUAUGCGGAUUGUUCUACGGAAUUCUCCCCAAUUGCCGUUUUUGGCAUAAUGCUUUCCAUAUUCAUUUCUAGAAUGAAAGCCUAA